ACUUCGACUUGAAAGAGCCCAUCUUUUCAUGUCUAUUGACAUUGAUGGUUGAUAUGUCACUUGGCUUUGUUCAUGUCCUCUUUUGACCCUUUAUUUUUUAUAUUCUCCUGUUUAAUAGCAGUGUGUGUGCACUGGGUUUUGAUUUAAACUUGCAUCUGAGAAAGAUAGAUAGAGAGAGAGAGAGAGUGAGAGAGAAUGGGGUCUCUAGGAGGUGAAGUUGCAAACAAAGCAAUGUGGCUCUAUCCAAAGGUUAUGGGUUUUAACCCUACUGAGAGAUGGGGGCACUCUUCUUGCUACUCUGAUGGAUCUAUCUAUGUCUUUGGGGGAUGUUGUGGAGGUCUGCAUUUCAGCGAUGUCAUCAUGAUGAAUCUUGAUACAAUGGCUUGGAACACUUUAGUAACCACGGGCCACGGGCCGGGCCCAAGAGACAGCCACAGUGCUGUCCUUGUUGGGCACCGGAUGAUAGUAUUUGGCGGCACAAAUGGUUCUAAGAAAGUCAACGACCUUCAUAUAUUGGAUCUCAGUUCUCGGGAGUGGACCAAACCUGAUUGCAAAGGGAUCCCGCCUUCCCCUCGUGAAAGUCACACCGCCACACUUGUUAGUGAUGACAAGUUAGUGAUAUUUGGGGGAAGUGGCGAAGGUGACACAAAUUAUCUGAAUGACUUGCAUGUUUUAGACCUCAAGACCAUGAGGUGGACUUCCCCCGAGGUCAAGGGUAAUGUUCCUGUGCCUCGGGAUAGUCACACUGCUGUUGCUGUAGGGAACACGGUUUUUGUUUAUGGUGGAGAUUGUGGUGAUCGUUAUGAAGGUGAUAUUAAUAUGCUUGACAUGGACACAUUGACUUGGUCCCGGUUGGUAGUUCAAGGAUCUUCGCCUGGUGUUCGAGCAGGCCAUGCGGCUGUGAAUAUUGGACCCAAGGUCUAUGUCAUUGGAGGGGUCGGCGAUAAGCAAUAUUACAAUGAUGUUUGGGUACUUGAUGUGAGUACCUGUUCGUGGACUCAGCUUGAGAUACGUGGCCAACAACCACAAGGGCGGUUUUCUCAUACAGCCAUUUUUAGUGAGACAGACAUUGUCAUCUACGGCGGUUGUGGGGAAGAUGAGCAUCCUGUCAAUGAGUUAAUUGUCUUGCAGCUUGGAGCUGAACAUCCCAAUGGGCGUUACAACAUUUCCUUGUGCAAAAUUUUUGGAAACCAUUGUAACCAAGAAAAAAGACGGCUUUCAAGAGAAGCAAGGAAUAAAUCGCAGAGGACCAUAUUGUUGGGGAAUAAUGGAGAUGUAGUCGGAAAGAAAGCUCGUGAACCGGAAUUAGUGUCAAAGCAGCCUUUACAAAUUAAUUCAGAUGCUUUGCAUCCUAAGAGGAAAAGAACAAGCAAUUCAAAGAUAUGGGAGAUAGAAUCAGAACCCGAAGAGCAUUCUCUUUCGUUGUCCCAACACUCAUCUCCAUCACAAUCUGAUCAAGAACAGACCCCAGUCAAAAAAGCCGCUCAUUCAGUCAUUGCUUCUCAAGUAUUUCCUCUAUUUAAGCAACAAAAUCAGACACCAAGCAAUGGCCAUUCUAACAAUGCCCCAAGUAACCAAGUGAACCCUAAAAAUUUUGUUCAAAGGAGUCCACAGGAUUUCCAUUUCUUGAAAGAACACCCAAACCAGCCAAACUCUGAACAGUAUCUUCGUGUUGUUCAUAUGGGGAGACAUGAAGCACAAUACCUAGCCACCGAACAGAAACCCUUGGAGGCGGGACCCUUCCAAAACUUGGUUGGCGCUGAGAUUCGAGGUAAAAUUGAUGGAGCUUUCGACUCUGGUUACCUUAUGACAGCAACUGUCAACGGAAGGAUUUUUAGAGGCGUCCUAUUUGCUCCAGGACCCGAGGUUGUCUCAAGAGGUGCCACUCUAGGUCAAAACCCCUCAACCCUAUCUAGCCAGAGAGCUAAUGUUGCUCAACCGUGCGCUCCACACGUGAACCACGUCAGUCCCACUUUUAUAAGGCAUCCACGGCAACCAACAACACAUUCUGUGCCGGAAUCGGGCCAGAACCUCCGGCAAGCUCAUAUUGCUCGACCGUCUCCGGUCAUUAGAGCUGCUUCAUCUAUAGGCAAAGAGCCCAAGCUCAGAAUUGAUCUUCAAGGAGUGGAUUUGACACUGGGAAGUCCUGGAACUGGUCAUGGUGGAUCGUAGUUAGGUGAAUAUGAACACGCGUGUUUGAUGACUGAAAACCAGCUCAGUUCGUGGUUUUUUUUUUUUUUGGGUGGUAAUAUCUUGAUUUAGAGUGAAUUUUAUUUUUCUUCUCAGAUAUGGUUCCAAAGUUCAGGCUUUUGAGAGUUAGGUAAGUUGGUCUGCAGUUAAAUCUUCCUUGAUCAGUGGUUGAUCCAAAUGCUGUUAGCUUAUGUAUUAUGAUAUUUGUAGUUUUUUUUAUUUAUUUAUUAUUAUUAUUAAGAUUGCUCAUGUAUAUUGCUAUCUAUUUACGGGGAGAAAAUCUAUAGGAGUAUAUUUCA